UAGGGUACGACAACUUCAGCAUUUCCGAGUCUGGUCACACAUGAAAAACUUUUAUUGCAAAUUUUAUUUCUAUAAUUCGGGAGAAUUUGCAUUUUAAAGCGGAAAAGAGGCGGUCUCUGCGCCCUAAUAUUAUCUUCAGAACAGCCAACUUGUCAGAGCGGAUAGUGGAGCAUCACCAGUAUUACGUAUCGGCCAUCAAAUCCCAGUGACCCGUUUCCAUCCGAUAUCCAAUGUCGGCGUCACAACGCGGCGGAUGCAACAACAAAUGAGUCUAAUUGUUCUGAACCAAUAAAGUGCAAGCUGUGUGGGCUGCGGACUCCAAUGCACCGCUAGCAGGGAUUAGGACCAGUCGGGGCCAUGUCCAGUUCGGUGUUUACGGAGGCGCCUAGCGCCCGGCCGGAGUCGGCAGACGGCGAUUCAAAUCUGGUGGUGGUCUACAGCAAGAAUGGAGUCUCCUUCGACGAGCGCGCCAUUGGAAACAUCAUGGAGGAAAAAUCGAUUUCCACUAUCAGCGUAGUGCGUCUCACAUCGCCCACGCCCAGCAUGGUGGAUCAGGAGGAGGCCGAGCGGCUGGAGGAGCUGGCAAGCUUCCUAGAUGCGGCCACGGACUCUGAAAUGGACAGUGACAAUGGUAGCCAAAGUGGCGGCGAAGAUGCCAGCGAUGUAAGCGCCCAGGAUGAGGAGAAUCAAAACACCGGCGAGGAGAACAACGGUGAUUCCACCGAGACGGAAACCGAUGCCCCGCGCACACGUAGGCGUGCCGGUCGUAAGCCCAAGGCCAUAAAAAAAAAGAAACGUCGCAAACCCAAGGAGAGACCGCAAAUCGUGGGUCUGCGGGUGGAGCAAUUCUAUGCGGACGGGACGGCCGAUAUGGUUGUGAAAAAUGCCCUGAAGCUGGCCGGAGUUUCCAUCUACAAGAGGACUGCGGAGACAGACGCACUGCUAGAAGUGAUUCGUAACGACCACAACUACACACCAUUUACCUCUCCGGAGCAACUGAAGAAUCACAAGCGGGCCGAAAAGAUUGCAAUGGAAAUGCAGGCCCAAAGCCGCAAGAUCAUUAUGCAGGCACCGGGAAGUGUGAAGUUAAUCAAUGCCAAAAAGCGGGUCCAGACCAUUCCCUUCAGUCCGCUGCAGGUAAAGGUCCAGAGACUGCCCAUGAAGCCCACCCCUGUUCAGCAGCCUCCGCAUCUGCAACCUAAAGUGCAGCUGAUCCGAAAGACGAUCCAACAGCCACUGCCAAGACAGAAACCAGAGAUUAUCGUGAGUCCCAUGGCAAGUGUCAGGCCGAGACCAACCCGCGCUCCCGUCAAGGUUAUUGCUCCUGUGCAGGACUACAUCGAAGACGACGACGACGCCCAAAGCUCGGAUCCCGCUGACGAGGAAAAUGCCGAUAAGUCCUAUGACACGGAGGAAAUGAGCGAGGAUAGCGAAGACUUCCAGGACUCUGACAACGACAGAGACAGCGACAUGGACUUCAACAUGAGGCGCAGCGGCGGCCGCAACCCGAACAAAAGGAAGAGGGUGAGAAAGGUGGUCAGGCCAGUGCAAACUAAGCCUGCGAAGCCGAUGCCCGCGCCUCCACCAACGCCCCAACACUUCCCCGAGCUGAAAAAACGAAAGGAACUCGUGGAACAAAAGGCUCCGCAGAUCGGCCAAAUUAUUCAGUUACCUCCAAAGGCGCCGCCCACAGUAAUUGCCCUAGGAAGAGGUCUUCCGAGCACAUCGUUCCUCAAGAUCCGACCCACACAUCAGACGCUGCCCGUCAAAAAGCCUCCACUGCCAACGACAACCGCAAAUACCAAAGUUCGCCGUAUGCCUGUCGUGCACUUGGGGAGAAUAAUAAACUCGGCCACUCCCGGGGUUUUUACUACUCCGCCACCGGAAGGAGUCAAGGAGAUUAUAAUAAACAAGAACAUGGCCAGUCCCAAGGGCGUGUUUACCAACCUCAACAGCCUGCUGGGCGAAAACAACAAUGCAACCAUCAAAUCUUCACCAGAUCCUCUCCGCCAUCGGGCCGUAAUGUCGCCCAGCACCCCAAGAUCGAGCUACAGCCACCAGCUGGCGCCAAUUGUGGUUCCUGUUCCUGCUCAAGCUCCUAACCCGUCUAAGGGGUUUAUGCCCAUCGGUGUGGACACGGCUCAGUCGCAUAAGCUGCCCGCCCAAAUUGUGAUCGAGACCCAUCAGAGUUCCUCCGAACUGGCGGCGGAAAAUGACAAGCAGCUUGAUCUGAUCAACUCGAUUGUGCAGGAUGAGCUGUUAAAGUCAACGCUGGUAGACCAGCCGGCAGUGAAUGCGGACGAGGAUAUACCAAAACUUGUGAAGAUGCUGGAGAGUACAGCGGCAGGCCUAGAUCAAGCAACAGUGUCCAUGCCCACCCAGAACUUUAACAAUUCAGAGAUUCAGGGAGUCAACAAUUCUGGUUUAGUGGAUCCCAUCGACAUUAUGGAGACGGCUGACGAGGAUGAGAUAACGGCAGACUUCCUUCAACACGUGGUAGGUCUCAUCGAGGAGGACAAACAGUUUGAGGCGGAGGUGGUGAAGCAAGUGCUGGCCAGCACCGAACCAGGAUCCCUGGAUUCCAUCGUUUCUUUACCUGCUUUACCUACCUUGACACAAGCGCCAAUUGUUCAGCAACAACUGAAUCUGCUCUCUCAGGCAGUUCUUGCUGAACCUGCGAUGACCUCAUUGCCCAUUGCCUGCAGUACACCUUCGAGGAGUUUGGUAAACCCUCUUUCAACCUCGGCGAAAGUAGUGCGUAACAACGGACGGGUCAUUUACCUUCCUCCUAUAGAGGCGCCUACUACACGGGCCAAGCGGCGGGCGCAAUUUCCUCCGGACUCGGGAAUGAAUACGACUAGUACGGGGGAUCUGGGCAACCUUUCUUUUGGUGAAACGACGCUGGAGACAAGCGUUAAUCAGCUAGCCAAUAGUAGCAGCCUCAGCAAUGAUAGCCAGUCGGGAAUUGGGCCUAAACGACCAAAUCCAAGAGAGCCAUCGCUGGCCAGGCGUUCAACGGUGCCCAGAAGAUCAAAGAAGCCUAACACGAGUCAGAGCAAUGAUCCCGAUGCUUCAGAAUCUCAGGAAGAUGACGAUGAUCCCAACAAGCUCUGGUGUGUUUGUCGUCAGCCGCACAACAAUCGUUUUAUGAUCUGCUGCGAUUUGUGUGCCGAUUGGUUCCAUGGAACUUGUGUGGGGGUGACCAAAGCAAUGGGCACAGAGAUGGAACAAAAGGGCGUCGACUGGAAGUGUCCCAAAUGCCUUAAAAAGCAGGAGGAAAAGAGCCAACCAAGGAUAACGGAAAUGUUGGUUACCAAAACAUCCGCACAAGCCGAGGAGAAACCAAAAGAAACCAAAGUACUAACGUUGUCAGCGGAUUUGGUCCAGGUUACGACUCCUUUGACGCCCAGGAGAACUCUCCCGGUUGGUGUUACUGUGGCCAGUUCUCCCAUACGAAUUCCCAUGAUGAAGCCGCUCAAGAAAUUCCCAUCCGGUACUAUCCCUCCCCAACAGCAGAAGCUAAACUUCAUAAAAUUGGGUCCAUCUCCUGCUAACCGCGUUUCGGAAUCGAUAUGCGUGGUGUGCAAGCGAGCAGCCAGCUCUCAUUCCGUUUACUGUGGUGAGGAGUGUAUACGCAAGUAUGCACAAAGCGCCCUUCAAGCACACUCACCGACCAAGGGUCCAGAUAGUCCAUUGCCACAUAACGUCAGCACUCAAUCGCCACUAAACAACUCCCUGGAGGCCAAGAAAAACAAGAAGAAGGAUCUGUUUGAGGACGUGUUGCGACAAGCGGACUCUGUGUCGAAAGUUGAACGGAUAAAUGUAUUUGAACGAAGAAGUGGACGAGUAAUCACUGGCCACUUGGCACCCACCGCACAUCAAUUCCGAAAAUGGCUUCAGGAGAAUCCCACUUUCGAGGUGCUGCCCUCGGGAACCCUUCAGUCAACCGACACAGAGAAGCGUCAGCUAAAAAGGGCACCAGAAGUAUCCUCCGCCGACGAAUUGGGAGGCCCUGCAGUUCCAAAAAAGCCGCUUGAAGCUGCGACGAAACUUUCCCAACCCAUCGGAGUUCAAGUCAACACACUAGGCAUCUCCCCGGCGCGUCCCCUGCCCAAGAAGGAUAAGGAGAAAGAGAAGCCUCCAGCACAGGUGGCAACUCCCGGUCGAAGCGAUGGAAAACCCGAGCCUGUUCGAAUCGGCAUCCGGCGGUCCCUCAGGGAGCAAUUGCUGGCGCGCAUCAAGGAAGCCCAGGCUGAGGAGCAGGCAUCCAAGCAGACCACAAGCCAGUGGCUGACAUUAAAUGAGGUGGACCAGUUUGUCAAGAGCGUGGAAUUGGAAAUGUUUAACUCGUUCGGAAGAGACGUGGGAGCCAAGUAUAAGGCCAAGUAUCGCUCGCUUAUGUUUAACAUCAAGGAUCGCAAGAACCGGACCCUGUUCGAGAAGAUUUGUGCCAAACAGGUGGAACCCAAGCAGCUGGUGCGGAUGACUCCGGAACAGUUAGCUAGCCAAGAGCUGGCCAAGUGGCGAGAGGAAGAGAACCGACAUCAGUUGGACAUGAUCAAGAAAUCCGAGCUGGACAUGCUGUCAUGUGCCCAAAACUAUGUGGUGAAAACCCACAAGGGGGAGGAGGUGAUUGCCACCAAGGUGGAUGUGACCCUGCCCGAAGAGGACAUCAACGAACCGUCAACGGUUGAUAGAAAACAGACCUCGCUGGUCAGUGAACCAGAUACCUCCACACUUGAACGUUCCAUAUCCAGGGACAAGUCGGGGACAUCCAAAGAGAAGCGUCACAAGAACCACAAACAUCAUCACCGCAAGCGGAGUCGCAGUCGUUCCAAUAGUCGAGGUCGGAACGUCGAGAAGCGCCAUCGGAGGCACCACAACGAGGGAGAGUCGGGGACUGGUUCCGGUGGAGGGGAGCGCGAGCAUCGGUCCCGUGAGAAACAGAGUAGAGAAAAGGACGAGACUGUUCCGUCGCCUUUACCCAAAAUGAGAGACGAAAAUGAUCUGUCGCCGCUCCCCAAAAAGAUUCCAGAAAGAAAAACAGAGGCGAGUGCCUACAACCUGAUUGAUCAAAUUCUGGAAUCUGAGAAAACGGUUGAGCAGGCAGCGAAUCUGGGACAAGCUAAGCCGUCACCCAAGCCACUUCCAACGCUUCCAAGUUCCUCAAAAGCCCCCGAGCCGAUGGAUAACUACUCGCGCUAUGUGCAUGGACAAACCACGAGCCCGCUGUGGUCUGGACCCCUUAAGAUGAUUGAUGUGACCGAGUUCGAGAUGACGAUGUACCCUGUUCAGGGUAACUGCCACCAGAUGGGCAAGCUAAUGCCAAACCAGCUGGACGUAAUCGGUCGCAUUACCCGCGUAAAUGUCUGGGAGUACAUCAAGAAGCUGAAAAAGAGUCCUACAAAGGAAGUUGUCAUCGUAAAUAUAUUCCCUGCAUCGCCCAACGACACGUUCAAGUUCGAUCUUUUCUUCGACUACCUCGACUCGCGAGAGCGGUUGGGCGUCAUGGGAGUGGAUUCGGAUCAGAUCAGGGACUUUUACAUAUUUCCGUUGGGUACCGGCGAUGAGUUGCCACCUGCACUUCAGACCUCGGAGCGAGUGCCCUUUUACGAGGACACCCAGAGACCGAACACCCUGCUGGGGAUCAUCGUGCGCUGUCUGAGCAAACGACCUCUGGAAGCUCAGUCCACGCCUCCAUCAGUGCCUUCUCCGGUUCCCGCUGCUAGCAGCAAGGUGGCAAAGAAAUCUCGCAGCACCAACUUGUUGACACCGCAAAUCAGCCCCAAACGUAAGGCCAGCACACACUCCACAAGCUCCAAGGAUGAUGAGUUCGAUAUUGAUGCCAUCAUCAAGGCGCCAAUUGCAAAGCUGCAGAAGGCGUUACCAAAAACGGUGCCCGUGCCACCGGUUAAUAACGAUGCCGAUGAGCCCUACUCGCCUGGCGGCUCUGACGACGAACUGGUACCGGCUGAACCAAGAAUUCCAAACGAUCUUGAGCGGCAGGUUAAUGAAAUCAACAAGCAAAUUGCCGCGCAACAGAUGGAAAUUGCCGGUCUUCUUAAAGUGGAGCCUACGGGAUCCGCGUCCUCGUCGAAAGUUCUAGCCGGCAUAUCAAUUCCGCCAAAUCUUUCAAAGAUCUUGGCCAGCAUCAAGGACAAGACGGAUCUGUCUGCCAAUCCCGGCGACGGGGCUGACGAAUACAAUCCCGAGGACGCAAUCACCACGUCAAGUUCAUUUGCAGCAAAGCCGAAGAGCAAAGGUCGUUUGGCGCAUCUAAGUGAAGCUGAGCUUCUUAGCAUGGUUCCGGACAAUCUGGCUGGCGUGAUUCCCACCUCGUCGAAAAGCCGCCACCAGCAACCUCCGCCGCCGCUUCCGCCACCGCCACCACCUCCGGGUGUCUAGGGGUCGCCCACCUGGAAGUAGGCCUAACCCGCGCGCUAAUCCUUUAAUCGUUAUUAGUUUCUGAAUGAAAUUCACGACACUUGAUUUGAAAUUCUCCCUCGCCUCUCAUUGUGUACAUUCUCAUCCAGCGAAUUCAAUACCAUCUCUGUAUUAUAUCUGGCCAAUCGGAACUAUUUAGUUUUCAGCCCUCCUAACCCAGCCCUCGCACUUUAACAGGAUCUUUUUUCGCGUUGCAAUGCAAGUUAAGAAUCGGUUUUUCGCAUUAUACUCUAUUAAAUCCUGUACAUUUCCUCGAAAAUAAAAAGUGCUACGUAA